AUGCAGGCCUCCGGGGCCGCCCUGGCCGUCCUUCUCUGCGCCACCGCCCUCUGCAGCCAGGGCUUCGCCGCACCACUUGGCGCCGACACCCCGACCGCCUGCUGCUUCUCCUACACCUCCCGGCAGAUUCCGCGUAAAUUCAUAGCCGACUAUUUUGAGACCAGCAGCCAGUGCUCCCAGCCCGGUGUCAUCUUCCUCACCAAAAGAAGCCGGCAGGUCUGUGCCGACCCCAGUCAGACCUGGGUCCAGGAGUACAUCACUGACCUGGAGCUGAAUGCCUGA